AUGGAUGAUGACCAUCCAAUUCCACAGGCAGUAUCAAAUUUGAGGGAUACGAAUAAACGGUCUUCAUCACAGCCUAGCAGCAGAUCAGUCACUUUCUCAAUUCGAGAUAAUGACGUUAAUAAUGUUGAUAACGAUAACGCUGUGGCAGAUACAGACACUGAGGAUGAUUAUGAUGAUAAUCACAGAUACAGGCGCAGUCUCCGUUUCGAGGAUGACCUUGAUACAGGCGAUGUUAAUCACAAUGAUACCCCGGAUCAGGACGACGCUUGCAUGGGAAAUCCGGAGAAAGUAAACGCUGAUCUUGAAACGCAAGCAAAGGACACAGAACACGCGGAACCGCCACAACCACCAUCACCUCGACAACCUAAAUGGCACAAAUUCAUUCAAUGGAAGUACAUUCGCUGGUUAUAUACAAAUCACUCUUGGCAUCACUUCAGACCUGUCAUUAGAGCAAGUUUGGCUGCAUGGCUUGGUCUUCUCCUUUUCCUCAUUCAACCCGUCUUAGUCUUGAUGGGCCAGGCUGCUUUCUAUAUCCUCGUUUGUGGUUUCUUGGCAUCUCCACGUGAUGCUAUUUUACCAGACAUUGAGCGUCAGAUCAUAAACCUAGUCUUUGUGUGCGCAGCCUGGGCUUGGUCAAUAAUCGGCCUUUCGAUCGGUUUUGCAGGACGAGACGAAGCUCAGAACGAAGCUACAAUGUCAGCCGUCCUUGAAGAAGCAAGCGCGAUGAAUAAUUCUGAUCUACAGCUAUACAUUCAACAGCAAGCUGUGGAAGGCCGGUUCAUCCAAGCAUCAACAUCAGUCACAGCGGCCAUCUUCCUUGCCUUCGGAAGUGGAUUUUUCCUCUAUCUUAAAUCUAAACUAUCACCACCACGCUAUGGAGUAGCCUGUGUGUUUUCGACAAUCUGUCUGAUCGUAUCGUUGACACAAGGUCAUACCGCUUACUCCCCCAAUUACAAGAUAGGAUCGUAUUUCGCUCUCCCUCUAGCAUUACAGUCAGCAAUCAAUAUUCUUUGCUCUAUGUUCGUGCUACCUGUCACUGUCAACCACCAAUUCUUGCUUGGAUUACAGGCGGUACUCCAACCGCUACAAAAGUUUACUCACGCAGAAACUGAUUUGUUGGGCAUUCCUGUCACGUCCGAGGAUUGGAUAGAAAGGGUAAGGUAUCUCAAGACGCUCAACUCCCAAUCCGUUCAAGCAAUGAUAGCGGUGCGUAGCAAGGACGCUCACGUCUUCCGUGAAUACAGCUUCGGAUUGUUGAGAGGCAGGGAUUGUCAUGAGUUGUUGGAAUUGAUACGAAAUGUCCACCUGCGUAGUGGUGGGUUUAUCACUUUUAGCGAAGCUUUGUUGGUCGCGUUUCACAACAAACACAUCUUACAAGAAGCUGUAACACUAGCUGAGCCUGAAGAUGUAGCGCAGAGUGCGGCAUCUAUUUACAGCCCCUCGAGAAACCCAUCUCCCUUCUCAUCUCAGCAAAACACACCUAGGAGCUCAGUCGCUCUGUCGAGAUACGAUACUGGUGACUCGAGGGAUGUUGACAGUCAUCAUUCAGCUUUGCACAUCUUUGGUUCGCAUAGUAUAGGUACUCUCACAGAACUGCUGCACAAGUCGAAGAGGAAACAUGUUGCACCAAUUGGUGUCUUUGAAUCCCAGAGAUACAUGGCGCUUGAGGAGCGUAUGAAAUUCACUGAUCAGGAGUUCGUGAGGGCACAUUUUGCAAUAGUCAGUGAACAUUCGAGAGAUCUUAACGAUACCACGGCUGUUACUCUAGCACACGUCCAGAAGCAAAUCGAGAGGGUUGAUCGUGUUAGACUAGGAUCGUGGCUUUUUCGUCGGCACGAUUCUCCAGGCGAGGGUAACGCGAUUAUUGAGAAUAUGGAGAUUUGCGAUAAUCUCCGCCGCGCUAUCACCAAAUUCAAGACUGAGGAUAGACUAGCAGUACUGAGAAACUACUCUCAGUUCUUCGAUGGCUCGCAGCCACGCGCAAAAAUACCUUACAGAGCUUUGUUUUGGAGCUUCAAUUAUCAGUACUACCUCCUCGGUUUCUCAGGUGCACUCCUAGAACUUGCCGAAAAAAUGUCCAAUCUCGAAGCUAAGCGAAAAAAGCCUAGACUAUGGAUUCCUGAAGUGCAUCUCUUUGGCUGGUUUGCUAGUAGCACCGAAAAGCAUGGCGAAGAGGAAGAAGACGAUGACGAUCCCGAGCACAUGGCAGAUGUAAUGGAAGUAUACCCUCAAUCGAGAGAUCCCGACGUUCUAGCACCUUCGAAUGUUUUUGAAAGAUUUGGAUCAGUGUUAUGGAAAUUGUGGAUGUUUGUUAUGUCCAAACAGUCUUUGUUUGCGCUCAAAACUGCGCUUCUGGUUGCCCUCGUUACGCUGCCUGCCUUCCUGAAAACCUCGGCAGGGUUUUACUAUUACGAACGGGGAUUAUGGGUCGCAAUUAUGGCCAAUUUGACACACAGUCAACACCGAGGUGAUACUCUCUUCAAUUGGUUCACGCGUCUGGUGUACUCUGUAGUCGGUAUUUUCAGUGGUCUGCUGAUAUGGACAAUAGCAGCUCAAAAAGGAACAGGUAAUCCAUACGCUGUCGGCGCGACGUGCGCAGUAGCAUUCCCGAUUAUGUUCUACAUAGUCAUGUAUUUCCCCGGUACGAAUGUAGGAUUGAUGGUGUUAAUGGUUUCUGUAGCUAUGGUUUUGGGCUAUAGCUGGCAAGACGCACACAAUCCAUCGCUUGUGAAUGUCGGAUGGGGAUGGGAUCUAGCUUGGAAGAGACUUGUUUUGGUAAUCAUUGGCGUUACAGCUGCAUUCGUUUUCGCAUACGUUCCACCAGUCUCCAGUGCCAAGAGACACCAGCGGUAUAUAUACUCGCGCACAAUAACAACAACAGCCAAUAGCUGGUGUGCUAUUGUUGGAUAUGCACUUAACAGUCAUCAUAGGGAUAUCGAUGAGCAGGCAAUAACCAAAACACUUCUUGCGGUUAAGUCGAAACUUCGGAAAAGUAAAGCUAGACAGGAUUUUGCAGCUUUCGAAUUCAGCUUAAGGGGUAGAUGGCCUAGAGCGAGGUAUGAAGCAUUGCUUAAUGUGCAACUAGAUUUAGUAGAGCUGCUGUCGCAAUUCAUGGCUGUUGCGAAAGAGUUAGACCCGCUGUGGAUGCAGUGCGUGAUGAGUCGGAGCAGAUAUAACGAUCAUAGAUUUGUCGGCGAUGUCUUGGCUUGUUUCGAAAUGUGCGCUACGAGUAUCAAGACAGGAAUGCCCCUUCCUCAGAUAACACCUUGUCCGUUGGUAGAUCGGGGAUAUUCAGCAAAAUUAGGAUUGGAUCUUGGCGAGCACGUCCCGGAUGGACUACCAUCGCAUGUUGAUUUCAAUGUUUUGAAAAGCGAGGAGUAUUGGCUUUAUUGUGUCGCCUACUCGCUAUCGCAGUCUAUUUUGAUCCGAUUGGAUAGACUAAUGAUUUACACCAAAUCGCUAGUUGGUGAGCAAUUCCAUAUUAUGUUAGAUGUUUAG